UUGGCGUGUGUGCUUGCCCACUUUCCUUAACAACGGUCGCCAGGGAGACGAGAUUGGGAAGACGCCCCCUGCGGAUUGGCUGUUUCUAGUUUCACUGCCUCAGGAGAACCGCCAGAAGGGGCAGGUCCCGGCGUUGCAUUGCAGUAGGAUAGCUCGCUGUCCCCGAGCUCAGCGGGAGAGCCCUUGGCUAUGGCUAAGAAGGACGAAGAGACGAUCACCCCCAGGUCCAGCCAGACCCUGGGAAUGAAGGCGCAGUCGGAGUAUGAACAGCCUCCCAAACUGCAGCAGGAACUGGAGAGGAGUCCCAGUUCCGUGGGGGAAUCUGUCGUGAGGACGGGAACAGACGUGCAGACCGACUCGGCCACAGUGGACACGACCUCUGUGGAAGGGGCUGAAGAUGCUGCAGCCAACUUGUUCCCGCCACCGCUACCCAGGCCCAGGAUCUGCAUGUGGAAGUACCUGGACAUCCAUUCAAUGCACAAACUGGAUAAGGCAGCCACUGUGGAAUCGAUGAGAGAGGUUCUGGCUGAGCUCUUCGAGCUUGGCUAUCCAGAGCAGAGCCUGCGGGAUGCCAUUGUCUUGGACCUCUUUUCCCAUGCACUCCUCUUCUGCCGCCAGCAGGCCUUUUCACCAGAGCAGACAUCAGCAGCUUGUGCCUUGCUCCAAGAUCUUCACAAGGCCUGUGUUGCUACCCCUUUGGGCAACGUGGAGGAAUGCUACCACUACUUUACCAGCGUCCUCUUUUGCCAUGGAGUCAGGCGGCCUCCUUUCAGCAUCGACCUCUUCAAAGAGCAGCAGCUGUUGUCCCUGGCAGACUAUGUGGUCAACACCUACUUCCGCCACUUCAAGCUCUACAAAUAUGUCUUCACACCCCAGGUUCGGCUGGACCUGUCUCUGUCUUACAUGGGGCUACAGCCACCCAAGCUCUGGCCAGAUGAGAGAGACUACGAGGAGGUGGCAGCAGAACAAGUGGCUAUUUCACAGGAGGAAGAACCAGAAACUGUGGCCCAGACAGAACAACAGCCAAGUGAGGUGGACGUCCUCCAAACCUACAUCAAGAGCCAGCUGAGCAAGGAGCUGGGGCAGCUCCAGCAGCUGGUGGAGGAACGGCUCAAGGAGAGCGAGGAAAGGCUGAGCAGCAAACUGGCUGCACUGGAGCGGCCCAAUCAGUCACGUCCCAGCAAAGGCAAGAACAAGCCCAAGUGAUCCCCAGCAUUUUCUCCAAUAAAGACCUGGGCCAGAGCACCCCAUCCCCCA